AUGAAGCUGCUCGUCUCCCUCACCGUGGUCAUCAUCGUCACCAUCAGCUCAAGUCUGGCGAGACCUCCAACGGCAAGCAACUCGUACGUCGCCCCGCCCGCCGGCCGCGCCCUCUACUACCGAGGCGCCAACCACGAGCCCUACGACUUCCCCGAAUCCACCCACGCCACUUUCGACCGCAAAUACCACCGCCACCCGGACUUCGACAUCCUUGGGCCCCCAGGCUUCUGGACCGAACCCUCUCUCCGCGAACAUUACGAAGCCACCGCGCACUUGCGUUUCCACCCGAAGCUGUACGACGAGCAGCCUCCGUUUCAGGACUGGCUCAAGGAGAGGCAGCUCAUGGCGGCCAUCCACAUGAUGCGCGAUACGAUCACGCUCGAGACGAGCAAUCCCAAGCUCGAUCCGCAGGUGCUGCUCCAGCACGAGAUGCAGCUGGGAGAGCUGUCGGUGCUGCUGCGAACCGUGCAGAUCGCAAUCAAGCUGCGCUACGGCGUAAUGGAGCCGGCUGUACGCGAGUACGAAGAGGCUAUCUAUCGAGCGUAUAUGAGCUUCUUGGAGCUUAGCCAGAGGGCCGAACCUAUCCCGGACGUGUGGAAGCAUCACGUUGAGUACGUCAAACAACAGGGGCAGGUGCAAAUGGAAGACGAACAACACCAGGAACACCUGACUGCGUCUGGGGACAAACAGAACCAGAGGCUCGCUGAUGCAAUCAGAGCACCCAACAAAGCGCAAAGCAGCGAAGGAAGGGCGAGGAUCCCAGGUAUCGCCACAGCUCCUCAGAGCCCCGACGUGCGAGAGGUGAUGCAAAAGUCGGCUUCAGACAGAUGGGCUACACCAGUGGGGCUGCAGCUGCAUUCGCUCUCGAAAAGCGAGACCGUUGAAGAGCUUCAAAAGGCGCUUCAGAGAGGGUUCGCCAUGUGA